AUGCCAACUUUUAUAUUCUUGCGUGGAAACACACGCGUUUCCCAACUAUUAGGAGCUAACACUGAUGCUCUUGCUAAUAAAGUUAAAGAAUUGGCAGGAGAAGCGGAAUCUAAAUCUGAUUUGGUUGUAAAGGGCCAGUUGGAUAUUUUGCACUUCCUCAAUAAACCAAACUGCGAGUGUCUUAACUGUUGUGACGAUCAUCCCCUUGACCAUGCAUUUGACUCCUCUGGUGGCUACCUUCUCUCAGAUACAGAUGAACAACUAAUUAUCUACCUGUCAUUCCAUCAGCUCGUGAAACUUCAUUCCCUUAUAAUAAAUGCGCCUCAAAGGUCUUAG